AAUGCACUCGCUAAAAAGCGUGUCUGAAAGAGCACUAUCUCUCAUCCGAGAUAGUCCCCGAAUUACAGUUCAGUGUCUUGAAGCAAUUCCAGAAAUGAAGAUAAAAAAAGCACAGAGACCGAACUAUGGCAGAGGAGAUAGGCUGAAGCGGAGUAAUUUUCCACCAUUAGGGCAUGUUAAAGGUCGGACUCCGCUGAACAUAAGAACUCCGAAGUAUCCGUAUUACAAGUAUCAAGAUGACCGAAACGAAUACUAUCCAAUUUCCUUGUUCUGCCUUCAGAAUUUAGUUGAUAUGAACGUUAUUGACCCUAGUAAACCUAUAGAUUUUGGUAAAAUAAUGUCGCUAAAUAUUUUCAAAAAUGUCAAUCCUGUAGACGGUUUUCAGCUUACUCUCGAUGGAGUCGAAAAUUUUAGAAGUAAAGUUUUCAUCGAAGUGCAGCACGUAGAGUCCGGUGCAAGUGAGCAAAUAAUUGCUGCCAUCGAAAGAGUAGGCGGAUGUCUCAUUACUUCUUACUAUGACUCGAAUGCAUUACGAUGUCUACGCCCGCCUUCUGAUUUUUUUUCAUCUGGUUCACCUAUACCUCCUCGCCUUGCACCUCCCAAGUCUCUGAUAAAUUAUUACACGAAUCCAGAGGUCAGAGGUUACUUAUGUAACGAAAAAGAACUACUGGAUGCAAGAGUCCGCCUUGGGAAGAAAUUCGGGUUUGACGGCACCUCGAGACCAUCUUUCGGUAACGUGGCGAAAAACCCCCGCCAAAUUUUUUUUGGACUUAAUCCUGGAAUGGUUGUAAAUAUGCCCAACAAAACAGUGCUAAAAUUUGAUUUGAAUGAAGAAUACCACACUAUUUUUGAAAAGGAGAUGAUGCGAUGAUUGUAUUUUUUCUUCUAUAUAUCAAAGGUUUUUGCAAGUAUACAUUAACUUAUGG